GAGAGAGAGAGACACAGAGAGAAAGGUCUUCCUUCCAUUGGUUCACUCCUCAGAUGGCUACAACGGCUGGAGCUACACCGAUCUGAAGCCAGGAGCCAGAUCAUCAUGGUGGCUUUUCAAACAAGAUGCCAUAUAUUCACCCUGCAGCUGCCACUGUGACCCAGCUAACUCCUUCAUAGUCAACACGAUGGUUCAAAGGACACUGUCCAGAUGCCUUGUGAAUCUGGCAGCUCCUCAGGGGAAGCACAGGUUCGGGGGACGUCUGUCUGCUUGGGAAUGUGAGCUGCGGAAGGCGCGGAGGGAGCAGCAGCUGAUCAGCAAGAGGCUGCUGAGAGACGCCGUCCCAGAAGAAGCCGGAGAGGGCUGUGCGGCCGCCGUCCUCGGGGAAGCCGAGGUGCAGCAGUUCCUGUGGCUAGCCCAGCGGGGGACAGAGGAGAAGGCGAGAGAGAAGGCUCUGGUCAGCCUUCGUCGAGGCUUGCAGCACCUUGAGACACAGCAAAUCUUCAUUCGGUCCGUGUGGGCGGUGCUGGAGGGCAGCAUGCGGACCCUAGUCGGGCUGCUGACCGGCAGCCGGGCCCUGUUGCAGCUUGAGGCGGCUCGGUGCCUGCACGAGCUCUCUCACUCGGAGCAGUCCGCGGUGGCCGAGGCCUGCCUGCCGGCCACUUCCUACCUCCUCACCUACCUCUCCGGUCACAGCUCAGACUUCAUAGAGCUGUGUCUAUAUACGCUGGGUAAUCUGAUCGUGGAAAGUGAGGCUGUGAGAAGGCAACUCCUGCCACAGGGCAUUGUUCCGGCCUUGGCCACCUGCAUCCAGUCCCCACAUGUGGCUGUGCUGGAAGCCCUUGGAUACGCCUUGUCGCAGCUUCUGCAGGCUAAAGAAGCUCCAGAGAGGAUCAUUCCCUCUGUCCUGGGCUCCACUCUCCCCCAGCACAUGCUGCAGUUGUUGCAACCUGGUCCAAAGCUGAACCUUGGGGUCGCCGUGGAGUUUUCCUGGUGCCUUCACUACCUCAUAUGCAGCCAGGUCAACAACGCCCUGCUUAUCGCUCAGGGGGCUCUCUCUACUCUGGGGCUGCUGCUGCUGGAGUUGGCUGGGGCUGUCCAGAGACCUGAGAAUGCGGGACUGGAGCUGCUGGCGUGUCCUGUGCUGCGGUGUCUAAGCAACCUGCUGACGGAGCCGGCAGCGGAGGCUGUGGCCGAGCACAUGCAGCUCAGAGAUGAGCGUGUUGUGGUGGCCUUGUUUGUCCUUCUGCAGUUCUUCUUCCAGAAACAGCCCAGCCUGCUUCCCGAGGGCCUCUGGCUCCUCAACAAUCUCACUGCGCACAGUCCUAGUUUCUGUACCUCCUUGCUCUCCCUGGAUCUGAUUGAGCCGCUCUUGCAGCUGUUGCCAGUAUCUAAUGUGGUGAGCGUACUGGUGCUCACAGUCCUAUGCAACGUUGCAGAGAAGGGUCCUGCUUACUGCCAGCGACUGUGGCCAGGGCCCCUGCUCCACUCUCUUGUGAACAUACUGGCCUUCUCUGACACUGAAGUAGUAGGUCAGAGUUUGGAAUUGCUGCACCUGCUGUUCCUGUAUCAGCCAAAGGCCGCGGAAGCCUUUCUGCAGCAGUCAGGACUGCAGGCCCUGGGAAGGCGUCAGGAGGAGGCCCAGCUUCGCGCUCGAGUCCACGCUCUCCAGCAGACAGCUCUUCACAGGUGACCUGGCUUCUCAGCGCCACCUGCGCCUCCCCAACCCCACCAGCUUUGGUGCCCUUAUUCUCUGACGAGAGAAUUGGAGCCUUGGGGUGUUUCAGUUGAUAACAAGGUUUUAUGCUCUCUGUUCCCACACUGAAGCUAAGCAAAGAUGACUGGAUUCAGCUCCUCUUUGACCCAGCAGUGUGCAUUCAGGAGGACCAGAGGGAGCUCAGUGUGGCUUGUUUAUUUUGGGGCCCUGGAUUUCCCCCACCUUUAUUUGCCUCAGCAGCUGAUGGCUUUUGGUGAGAAAUA